ACUUCACCUUUGAUAGAAACAGAUUGGACCUCAAGCACAGCUUUGAGAUACUAAGUGCGUCUCAUGUAAGGCUGUUGGUAAAAGUUACUGGUAGAUUCAAAGCGCAGUUUAUUUUUUCAUUUGUUUCCAGGAGAGUGAACCCAGCCAGUGCUCUGCAGCUGCUGGUGUCACUGGACACGCCUUGUGUUUGAAAACACUUUAAAACGUGUGUUUAAACACAUUUUGUGUGCUUUUUAAACACGCUUAUGUUUUUACCGUCGCCAUUAACUCCACUAUCAGGGUGAGGCACACGACAGCAGGGGGCGGGGCGCCAACUAUCUUAGAGGGCUUUAAACUCUUUGGUGUCCGCACCCUGCUCAGAAGGAGCCGACACAGGACCGUCAGCUAUGGCGCUGGAGCUCUACCUGGACCUGUUCUCGCAGCCCUGCCGCUCCGUGUACAUUUUCGCCAAGAAGAACAACAUCAGCUUCGACUUCAAGAAGCUUUCUCUGCUGGACGGCCAGCAGUAUGGGGAGGACUUUGGGAAGAUCAGCCUGAUCAGGAAGGUCCCAGCUCUCAGAGAUGGAGACUUCUGCCUGGCUGAAAGCAUUGCUAUCAUGUUGUACCUGGCUGAGAAGUUUAAGACUCCCGACUUCUGGUACCCAGCUGACCUCCAGCAGCGUGCUCGUGUCAAUGAGUACCUGUCGUGGCAGCACACGGCCAUCCGGAUGCACGGCUCCGAGAUCUUCUGCCUCCGGGUAAGUUCCCCUUCACUGAUCUGU